GAUAGAUGGAACAUAUAUAGGCAAUGAUAGAGGUGGAUAAUCUUGUAUGCGAUCUUGAAAUCCUUCUCUUUCCCUUACUUUGAACAUCUCUAAAUUUUAUUUUUUUUUUCUCGUGAUUUCCCUGUUAGGAACAAGGAAUGGCAGAAGUAGUAUCCGGCUUUCUUCAACUAGUUAUUGAAAAACUAGCAUCGCCAAUCCUAGAAAAGUGUGAACUGUUCUGGGGUUUUCACAAGGAGAUGGAAAAACUAAGAAGCAGGUUAUCAACGAUACAAGCAGUGCUUGAAGAUGCGGAGGAGCAGCCAGUAAAGAGCAAGGCGUUACAGAAUUGGCUGGGAAAACUUAAAGAUGUGGUUUAUGAUGCAGAUGACAUAUUGGAUGAGUUCACAAUCGAAGCAAAAGUGGAAGCUAAACGCAGAAAAUUGCAGAUCAGCACCUUCUUUUCAGCAUCAAACCCACUGGUGUCCCGUUCAAAUAUGGCAGAUAAGAUGAAGGAGAUAGGGCAGAGAUUAGAUAAGAUUGCUGAAGAGAGGUCUCAAUUCCAUUUGAUAGGGGGAGAACGGGUGUCAGAUAUUAAAGGCCGAGAACCAACUGAUUCAUUUGUAAUCGAAUCAGAUGUUUAUGGAAGGGAAGAAGAUAAAAGAAGGGUAAUGGAAUUACUGCUUAGCAAUGAUAACGGAGAGGAUGUUACCGUCAUUCCCAUAGUCGGUAUGGGGGGCCUUGGGAAGACCACACUCGCUCAAUUAGCUUACAAUGACGUGAGGGUAGCAACGCAUUUUGUAUUAAGAAUGUGGGUUUGUGUGUCGGACGAUUUCAGUCUGAGUAAGGUAACAAAAGAUAUCAUAGAGUCAGCAACCCAUAGCAAAUGUGAUCUCCAAAGCAUGGAUCAGCUGCAGCAUCACCUAAGAGAAUUGCUGAGGGAGAAGAAGUUUUUACUUGUGUUGGAUGAUGUGUGGAAUGAAAAUUCCAUGAACUGGGAUCGAUUGAAACAAUUCCUCAGAGAAGGUGCGAGGGGCAGUAAAAUUAUAGUAACUACCCGUAGUGACAAAGUUGCUUCAUUCAUGGGCACUCUUCAUCCGCACCAUUUGCCAAAAUUAUCAGACGAUGAUAGUUGGUCUCUGUUCAAGCAGCGGGCAUUUGGGUAUGGAAGACAAGAACAUCCAAACCUUAUAAUGCUUGGAAAAGAAAUUGUGAAGAAGUGUGGGGGGGUCCCUUUGGCGGCAAAGGCGCUGGGAAGCUUGAUGCACUUCAAAACAGAGGAAGAAGAGUGGCUGUUUGUCAAAGAUAGUGACAUUUGGAAUCUGCCUGAAGAGAAUCACAUUUUACCUGCUUUGAGGUUGAGUUAUUAUCAUCUUCCACCACAUUUGAAGCAAUGCUUUGCAUACUGCUCAAUAUUUCCAAAAGAUCAUAUAAUCGAGAAGGAGAAGCUGAUCCGACUAUGGAUGGCAGAAGGUUUUAUUAAAUCAUCAGACAGAAGAAAACAAAUGGAAGACGUCGGGGGAGAGUAUUUCAAUAAUCUGUUAUGGCGGUCCUUCUUUCAGGAUGUUGAGAAAAAUGAAGAUGGGAAUAUAGAAUGGUGCAAGAUGCAUGACCUCAUGCAUGAUCUUGCAUGCUCUGUUGCUGGGAAUAAAUGCUCGAUUGUGCCGGAAAAGAAUGCAGUGAGUAUCCCUAACAAUCCUCGUUGUUUGUUAUUGGAGUGUGGGUAUAAAAAAUGUUUCCUAACAGACCCAGAGCCCUCAAGCAGAGAAAACCAUUUGCGAACGUUGCUUGUGCUUGGAGGUCAGAAUUUCAGCAUUCCUCAUGAUGUUUUGGAACAUUUUAUGUUCUUACGUGUGCUGGAUUUACACAAUGUGAAUGUCACCACGGAGUUGUUGGAUUCAAUCAGCAGUUUGAAGCACUUAAGAUACCUCGAGUUCUCUGGUACUGAAAUACGAGCCCUUCCUGAAUCCAUUUGCACACUUCACCAUUUGCAAACCUUGAGAAUCUCAGGGUAUAAUUAUCUCAAAGAGUUACCCGGGGACAUGAGCAAAAUGACUAGCCUAAGACAUCUUGAAAUUGAUUUCUGUCGUCAAUUGACGCAUAUGCCAGCUAAUAUGGGAGCAUUAAAGUUCCUUCAGACCUUGCCAAUAUUUGUAGUUGGUAAGGAUAGUGGAUGUGGUAUAAGAGAGCUGCAAGGUCUAAACCUUGGAGGAGAAUUGACUAUUCAAAACCUCGAGAAUGUGAUGUGUGCAGCAGAUGCCUAG